CGUCGCAAUCAGUCCGCAGAGCGCGCUCCGUUCCGUUCUGUCCUGUUCUGUUCUGUUCCGCUCGCUCCGUGUCGUUCGGUUCGCAUCCGCAUCCGCAGGAGCUGCCCAGCCGACGUCCAGAGUUUCGGUUUCGGUUUCAGUUUCAGCUUGCGUCUCCGUUUUCCACAUUUAACUGAGAACUGAGCUGAUCUGUGCUGAGCCUGGCUUGGCCACAAGCGGCUAAAACGAACUUGGGAACUGGGAACUUGAGACUGGACUAGACCUAGACUAGAACUUGACCCGGACUAGACCUAGACUGGACUAGACUAGACCCAAAAGUGAGCCUAGGAUGCGAACGUAAACCAAUGCACAGCAGCCAAUACAAUCACAACAACUCCCCGGGGAAGCGAACAGAGGGCCAGGCAAUCCAUCCACACACCGAUCAAUAUCCCCUCGAAUAUCGAAUAUAUCAAAUAGCAGCCCAUCCCGGCCAGAUGCACUAGAGACCAGCCGGAGCACGGAGCACCGAGCACCGGAUCCCAGCGAACUCAAGUCCACAAGCCAUGAUGCCCAGUCGCGUCAAGCUGAAAUCGGGGGGCAGGGAUCGGGAGGAGGAGGAGUUACAGCCGAAGUCACAGUCCAACACUGCCAGUUACAGCCAGCACAAUAGCAAUAGCCAUUCCCCGAUCUCGAUCUCGAACCCUCCGCCACUGCUGAUCCUCCUCCUCCUGCUCGCUGUGCUCCUGCCCUCCUGCCACGCCCUCCGGCUGACCAACGGGGGCGGCAGCCUGAGCAAGGGCGCGGCGGCCAACAAGGAGCAGCUCAACAUCGGCCUGAUCGCCCCGCACACGAACUUCGGGAAGCGGGAGUACCUGCGGAGCAUCAACAACGCGGUCACCGGACUCACGAAGACGCGCGGCGCCAAGUUGACCUUCCUCAAGGACUACUCCUUCGAGCAGAAGAACAUCCACUUCGACAUGAUGUCGCUGACGCCCAGUCCCACAGCCAUCCUGAGCACCUUGUGCAAGGAAUUCCUGCGCGUGAACGUCUCGGCCAUCCUGUACAUGAUGAACAACGAACAGUUCGGCCACAGCACGGCCUCGGCGCAGUACUUCCUGCAGCUGGCCGGCUACCUGGGCAUCCCGGUGAUCUCGUGGAACGCCGACAACUCGGGCCUGGAGCGCCGGGCCUCCCAGUCGACGCUGCAGCUGCAGCUGGCGCCGAGCAUCGAGCACCAGAGCGCCGCCAUGCUGAGCAUUUUGGAGCGCUACAAGUGGCACCAGUUCUCGGUGGUCACCUCGCAGAUAGCCGGCCACGAUGACUUCGUGCAGGCGGUGAGGGAGCGCGUGGCCGAGAUGCAGGAGCACUUCAAGUUCACCAUCCUCAACUCGAUAGUGGUUACGCGCACCAGCGACCUGAUGGAGCUGGUCAACAGCGAGGCACGCGUGAUGCUGCUCUAUGCCACGCAAACGGAGGCCAUCACCAUUCUGCGGGCCGCCGAGGAGAUGAAGCUCACCGGGGAGAACUAUGUGUGGGUGGUCAGCCAGUCGGUGAUCGAGAAGAAGGACGCCCACUCGCAGUUCCCCGUCGGCAUGCUGGGCGUCCACUUCGACACCUCCAGUGCGGCGCUGAUGAACGAGAUCUCCAAUGCCAUCAAGAUCUACAGCUACGGCGUGGAGGCCUACCUCACGGACCCGGCCAAUCGGGACCGCCGCCUCACCACCCAGUCGCUCUCCUGCGAGGACGAGGGUCGUGGUCGCUGGGACAACGGAGAAAUCUUCUUCAAGUACUUGCGCAACGUGUCCAUCGAGGGGGACCUCAAUAAGCCGAACAUCGAGUUCACGGCUGACGGGGACCUGCGCUCGGCGGAGCUCAAGAUCAUGAAUCUCCGGCCCAGCGCCAACAACAAGAACCUGGUGUGGGAGGAGAUUGGAGUGUGGAAGUCGUGGGAGACGCAGAAGCUGGACAUCCGCGACAUUGCGUGGCCCGGCAACUCGCACGCCCCGCCCCAGGGCGUGCCGGAGAAGUUCCAUUUGAAGAUCACAUUCCUCGAAGAGGCACCCUAUAUCAAUCUGUCGCCCGCGGACCCCGUGAGUGGCAAGUGCCUGAUGGACCGCGGUGUGCUCUGCCGGGUGGCGGCCGACCACGAAAUGGCCGCCGACAUCGACGUGGGCCAGGCACACCGCAACGAGUCCUUCUACCAAUGCUGCAGCGGCUUCUGCAUCGAUCUGCUCGAGAAGUUCGCCGAGGAGCUGGGCUUCACCUACGAGCUGGUGCGGGUCGAAGAUGGUAAAUGGGGUACCCUCGAGAAUGGCAAGUGGAACGGCCUGAUCGCCGACCUGGUCAACCGCAAGACGGACAUGGUCCUCACCUCGCUGAUGAUCAACACGGAGCGGGAGGCGGUCGUCGACUUCUCCGAGCCCUUCAUGGAGACGGGCAUCGCCAUCGUGGUGGCCAAGCGCACGGGCAUCAUCUCGCCCACGGCCUUCCUCGAGCCCUUCGACACGGCCUCCUGGAUGCUGGUGGGCAUCGUGGCCAUCCAGGCGGCCACCUUCAUGAUCUUCCUCUUCGAGUGGCUCUCGCCCAGCGGCUACGACAUGAAGCUCUACCUGCAGAACACCAACGUGACCCCGUACCGCUUCUCCCUCUUCCGCACCUACUGGCUGGUCUGGGCCGUCCUCUUCCAGGCCGCCGUCCACGUGGACUCGCCGCGCGGCUUCACCUCGCGCUUCAUGACCAACGUGUGGGCCUUGUUCGCCGUGGUCUUCCUGGCCAUCUACACUGCCAACCUGGCCGCCUUCAUGAUAACCAGGGAGGAGUUCCACGAGUUCAGCGGUCUCAACGACAGCCGUCUGGUGCAUCCCUUCUCCCACAAGCCCUCCUUCAAGUUCGGCACCAUCCCGUACAGCCACACGGACUCGACCAUCCACAAGUACUUCAACGUCAUGCACAACUACAUGAGGCAGUACAACAAGACCAGCGUGGCCGACGGAGUGGCCGCCGUGCUCAACGGCAACCUGGACUCCUUCAUCUACGACGGCACUGUGCUGGACUAUCUGGUGGCCCAAGACGAGGACUGCCGGCUCAUGACCGUGGGCAGCUGGUAUGCGAUGACGGGCUACGGGCUGGCUUUCAGCCGCAACUCCAAGUACGUGCAGAUGUUCAACAAGCGACUGCUCGAGUUCCGGGCCAACGGGGACCUGGAGCGGCUGCGGCGCUACUGGAUGACGGGCACGUGCCGACCGGGGAAGCAGGAGCACAAGUCCUCCGAUCCGCUGGCCCUCGAGCAGUUCCUGUCCGCCUUCCUGCUCCUGAUGGCCGGCAUCCUGCUGGCGGCCCUGCUGCUGCUGCUCGAGCACGUCUACUUCAAGUACAUCCGCAAGCGGCUGGCCAAGAAGGACGGCGGCCACUGCUGUGCGCUCAUCUCGCUCUCCAUGGGCAAGUCGCUGACCUUCCGGGGCGCCGUCUUCGAGGCCACCGAGAUCCUGAAGAAGCACCGCUGCAACGACCCCAUCUGCGACACGCACCUCUGGAAGGUCAAGCACGAGCUGGACAUGUCCCGCCUGCGGGUCCGCCAGCUGGAGAAGGUCAUGGACAAGCACGGCAUCAAGGCGCCGCAACUGAGGCUGGCCUCCUCCUCGGACCUGCUGAACCACCAUCAUCUGAAGGAGCGGCCGCCACUGCUGGGCAACCUGAGUCUCGCCGCCAGCGCACAAGAUCUAUACAGGUGGUCGUACAAGACGGAAAUCGCCGAGAUGGAGACGGUGCUCUGAAGCGUUUGGAGCUUUUCGAGCUGAAAGAGU